AUGACUACCCUGCUAGCCCGCGACGUGUCGCACUUCGCUCCAGAUCGGUGUCCCACCGCGCAGCGAUACUUCUUGGAAGACCACGCCAUUCAAAAGUCGCCAAUGCAAGAUGUGUAUCGCAGGGACUCGGUCGCGUCCCUGCCCUCCGUCCCUCCGUCCCCCAGUUUCACCCCCGACCUCUACACACCUGUAACCAACUUGUCAUCCGACGAUGAACUGGUCUUACCGGUCUAUGACUCUUUCAAGGACGAGGAAAUGAGUGACGUGUCCACCGAAUCCCCAUGCUCGGUGCAGAAUCCCUCGGCGGAUGACACCUCCGUGGAAGAUGAACCUUCCAGACAUGUGGACUAUCUCUCCCAUGACUGGAGAGAGGAAGAUAUCUGGUCUUCCUGGCGCUACGUGACGAGUCGGAGAAAUGACUACAGUAAUGGAGUGCGACUGGAGAAUGCUUCGUGGAGAACCUGGACCAAAGCCAAGUACAAUCUCAGGACAAUAUCCCCAGAAAGUCUGAACUGGUUGAAGGACUGUGAUGUCACCUGGCUCUAUGGUCCAUUGAAAAGCUCCCUGGGACGUGAAACAUCCCCCUCCCCUCCCCCGAGCCGUCUGGAGACACCAAACUCCUAUCGGGAAAAAAAGCCCAUCUUGAAGAAAAAGACCGCCUCCGAGGCCAUCCUCCAGCGGUCUCUGUCCCAACACACCUUACUCCAGCAUGCGGGGGCCAUCCUAAAGGCCCAAGAAGCCGAAAACGGAUGGGCGCGGCCCCCCUUCCCCAGAUCCAACACGGAUUUGGGCCAGAUGCACCACCGCACGGGCAGCUCCACAUACUCGCUGGGCGGGACCUUGACCACUUCGUCGUCGUCCGGGAUGACAUCCCCCAGCGAGCGACGCCAUAUCCACUUCAACAAUGAAGUUGUGCAAUGUAUUGCCGUUGAAGCCAAGAGCUACGAGGACGAAUGGCCCGCGACCUUUGAGGAAUCCUCUGACGACGGCGUGGUCGUGAUGCGACAGAUCCCAGACCGGGAUCCCGUCGGCACCCGCACUCCCCGGAACAGCUUUAGCGGCGAGGGAAAAACCAUCGCCCCCCUGCCCUCCACCACACUCAAAUACCGUGGGGAUUUCGAGCCCAACUCCCAUAUCCUGGGCCGGUCUGGGUUAUCACCCACCCCCUCGGUAGAGACCCUCCGUCCCUCCGUCCCCGAACCCCAAGCCAAUUUUCUCCUUGACGAUGAAGAUCCCAGUCUGGAUUUCACCGGCAAUUACCCCGAGCGCGAUCACCCGUGGUUUGAAGACUCCUCGUCGCGCCCGCUCCAAUUGACCGACUCCGGCAUGUUCAUGCCCGAGGGAGAUGAAACCUCCAACCACGGUAUCCUGGGCCGGGUAGUUGACACUGUCAACACUGCCCGAGACAUUGCCCACGUUAUCUGGAACGUAGGCUGGAGGAGGUGA